AACUUAUUCAGAGUCACACUUGCAUUUGCGAAGUCAGACCUCAACUGGGGAUUGGAGGUACAUUCUACUACACGACGUCGCUUUUCUUCUUCUAACAUUGCUUUCCAUGAGAAACCAUUGCAACCAAUCAAUGUGACAACUAACCCGAUAAAUAGGGUUGGCAGAAGAAGCUUUCUCAGCAGCAGCUUGCUGUCUUCCCAUGGGAUCCCAAGCCGGACCCGCCCGCUCCGGCCGCUGCUCCGGCUCCAGUUCCUGUGUCACAGCCGAUGCAAGGACCGCCUCCCACUAGCUCUGCUCCCUCCAAUGGAUCAGGAUACGUGCAACAGCACCCACAGGCGCCGCCCCAGCAUGCCCAAAUUGGUUUGUCGUUCCCAGGUCAGCCCGCUGGCGAUGGUCGCAUCAAGACUGAGCCAGGAGUGAAAGUCGAACCUGGUCUGGAGAACCAGAUACCAAAUGCUCACCCUGGAAGCACAGACGUGCAACAGCGUGUCAUCAGUAACUUGCAGAACGUGUAUGGCGAGAGAGCCACUGCGUCCAUCAGCAAGCUGCAAAGCGGCAUGGGACAGGUACCCAACGGUUCUCAUCCCCAGUAUAAUGGCCAACAGAGGCCCGCUGGUCAGUCUGUGCCGCAAGUUCAUCCUGGUCAGUAUCCAGGCAAUGCGCAGCAGCAGUACCGCCAACAAAUGACGGCUGGUCAAGCAAGCCAAGCACAGCGUGUGCAUGCCCAGGCUCAGGCACAGGCACACCACGCACAAGCCCAAAUGCAGGGUAUGCAAAAUAGCCAAAGACCGAAUCCAUCGCAGAUGGAUGGUGCCGGUGAUGAUGGUCCUACGGGUGUCCUGCUGCAAAAAAAUGCGGUUGGUCAGACCACCGAGUUGGGACGCGUGGAGAUUGAUGGCAUGCUGCGUGCUCACAUAGAGGCCAGAGCCAGGAGCAUGGAGGGGGGUGGAAUGAUGCUACCUCUGAAGCGUAUUACGAAGCGUGAUCGCGCGAACCCCAUCUCGUGUUAUCGAACACCUGCCGACGAUGCCGGUCCCGCUCGCUUUGAUGGAGGUGAUGACGAUGUCAAAUCCGAGGUGGAUGACGAAGCUAUCAACUCAGAUCUUGAUGACUCGGACGACAACCUUGAAGAUGACGAUGAAGAUGAGGACGGCGGCCAGAUCAUGCUGUGCAUGUACGACAAGGUGCAGCGCGUCAAGAACAAGUGGAAGUGUGUCCUGAAGGAUGGCGUGCUUAGCGUUAAUGGCAAAGACUACGUCUUCCACAAGGCAACAGGAGAGUACGAGUGGUAGGCGUUACCUCACGAAACCGCGAGAGGCCUCUGUCGCGAAGAUUGGCAAGUAGGAGUUGCAACGCCUCUGUGUUUCGGCCAAAACAGGACGAAUACGUGAUGUCUGAUUGGUGGGGUCACAACGCACUCCCAUAGGAGUGGAA